AUGCUGGACUCAAUUCUCCUGCUGGUCGCCGCAUUGGCAAUAUAUUAUGUUGCGACGGCCUUCUAUUGUCUAACCUUCCACCCUCUUGCUGGAUAUCCUGGGCCCAAGCUAUGCACCUUCAGUCGUCUUCCUUACUGGUCGAAGUACUUUCGUGGGCGUGACGUCCCUUGGAUGAAAGACCUUCACGACACAUACGGACCCGUGGUUAGAUUUGGCCCAACCGAUCUGAGUUACGCCUCCGCACAGGCAUGGCAGGAUAUACAUGGCCCCAAGGUCACUGAGAAGGCCCAAGAAUUCUUUCCUCAACCCGUGAAUAACACUCUAAGCAUACUCACGACCGAUCAAGAAUGCCAUACACGUUACCGCCGCCUCUUCGCGCCCGCCUUCUCGGAACGUGCGCUGAAGCAACAACAGCACUUGUUCAAGAAGUAUGUCGACCUUCUGAUGUACAAGAUCUCGGAGGUGGGCAAUGACGGCAACGAGCCCGUGGAGAUGACCCAACUACUCAACUUCACCACAUUCGACGUGAUGGCCGAGCUCUGUUUCGGCCAGAACCUUGACCUCCUCGCCAAUAACGAAUACAGCCCUUGGGUCCGAGCCAUCUUUGAGAGUCUCAAGAUGUUGCCCUUCGUAUCGGUCAUCUGUUACUAUCCGGUCUUGAACACCAUCUUCACCCGCUUCGAACCGAAAUGGGUCACCAAACAGAGAGUGGCUCACUGCAGGCACUCGGCGGAACGCGUUGACAAGCGUCUCGAGAUGGGUUCAGACCAGCCUGACGUGUGGAAUCUCGUAAUGGAGGCUUCAGAAAAAGGAAAGGGCCUCACAAUCGAGGAAAUGCACUCGAAUUCAGAGAUUUUCAUGCUGGCAGGCUCGGAAACGACUGCCACUCUUCUAAGCGGCGCUAUUUAUUAUCUGCUGUGCGACCAGAAAAGGCUCAAUAUGUUGGUGGAGGAAGUGCGCAGCAGCUUCCACCACUUGGAUGAUAUCAACUUUGACAGCCUUGCCAACCUGAAAUACCUCAACGCUUGUCUCAAAGAAGCGCUUCGAGUCUACCCACCAGUGCCGAUCGGUAGCCCUCGGCUGGUGCUACCUGGAGGAUCGGUGAUUUGCGGCAAAUGGGUUCCAGCAGACACACGAGUAUCGGUCCAUCACUGGUCGACCUACCACUCUGAGGCUAAUUUCAAGGACGCGGACAAGUACAUCCCCGAGCGGUGGCUCGGUGAGGAUCCAAAUUACGAUAAUGACGACUUCGCCUCGCACCAACCAUUCGGGUUUGGCCCCCGCAACUGUCUGGGCCAGAACAUGGCGAAAUGUGAGAUGCGACUCAUCCUAGCCACAAUGCUCUUUAAAUACGACCUGGAGCUCUGUGAGGAGAGCAGGGACUGGGAGAAACAGCAGGCCUAUGCUCUGUGGAUCAAGGGCGCGUUGAUGGUACGUGCAAAGCCGGUGAUGGCGCAGGUCAGGCUGAAGAUUUGA